AUGUUUUGGCUUGACAACUGGGUGGAGGGAUGUGCUCUUGCUGACAUUUGUCCUCACCUCUUUCUUUUAGCUCAGUCUAAGGAAGAAACUAUUGUAGAUUUUUUGAACAGGGGUCCUGAUCCCACUGUUUAUUACUUGUCUACGGUGAGUACCGUUCUCAACACUCUCCAUUCUCAACCCUCUUCUGGGAUUGAUGAAAGGCGUUGGAAGCUAUCUUCAAAUGGAAAGUUCUCAGUCAAAACUUUUUAUAACUUCUUGAACGAUGGAGGUCUCCGUUGUGAUAAGACCAAAGUCAUCCUUAAAGGAGAUUGCCCCAAAAAAGUUAAUCUCUUCAACUGGCUUGCGUUAGACAAUAAAAUCCUGACACUGGACAACCUUGCCUUGCGUGGUUGCAAUGUUUUGCCUACGACUACUUGUGUUAUGUGCCAUGCGGAUGUUGAGACUGCUGAACACCUCUUGCUCCACUGCCCUUUGGCUACUCAUAUUUGGACCUUCUUCGCUCAUUUAUUAGGUGCCCGCCACAUUCCUAGGUCUCUUGUUGACUUAUGGGGAGAUUGGCGACGCGCCGUUCCUAAAUCCUUGCUCCCUUUCUGGGAUUUGCUUGUGAGGGCUAUCAAUCGGAACAUUUGGCUAAAAAGAAAUGCACGCAUUUUCACUGCUAAUUGUCUUUCGAUCACUACUCGAUUCUUAAAAUUGAGCGUAUGGUUCUUUUUGUGGUUUUCUCGCACUCCGUAA